GCCAGGAUGAAGGAAAAUAAAAAGGAAGUCCAAGUGGCCCAUUUCACCGUGGACAACCAGGACAUCUCCCUCUGGCCCCGAGACCCUUCUCCAAAGAAGGAGUCACCUGCAGCCCUGAGGACCUUGCCCUCUGUCUAUGUAGCUAUUAUUCUCUUGGCAGUGGGCCUAGUUGUUUUCUUCCUGGCAAUGAUCAUUCUCUAUCCUCAGUUACUGGGAAGGAUAGAUGAUGUCAAGAUCUCUGUCGACAUGCUCAAAGGCCGUGCAGAGAACACCAGUGUCUUUCUCAGUUCUGAGAUCAAGAAGUUGAGAAACAAGUUGGAGGAUUCCCGUACACAGGUCCAGAUGCUAAAUCACAGCCUGGGGUAUUCGGAAGUUCAGAUGCAGCUGUUAAGUGCCAUGUUGAAGCAGGACACUGCUCAGCUUCAAGCAUUAACGAGCAGUUGGGAAGAGCUUGAGGCUUUAAAUGCCCAGAUUCCGAUGCUGAAACAGGAUUUGAAGAAAACUGGGGAGCUAAAUGCCAAGGUUGAGCAGCUCAGGAAAGAUCUGCAGACCCUGGGGGCAUCACUGGCACAGCAGCGUUACAUUCUGGAGAUGGCCUCUCAAGACUGGAAAUUCUUUGGAGGGAACUUUUACUAUUUUUCUACCAUGAAAAAGUCUUGGUACAGUGCCGAGCAGUUCUGUACCACUCAAGAUUCUCAUCUGACCUCAGUGACUUCAGCAACAGAACAGGAGUUUCUUUAUAAGGUAGCCAAAGGAGUUCCUUAUUGGAUUGGCCUGACAAAAAUAGGAUCUUCUGGCAGCUGGCACUGGGUUGAUGGAACCCUAUAUAUAGAGAAGGAAAAUGUUCGGUUCUGGAUAAAGGGGGAACCCAAUGACAGAGGUGAAAAUGAGCGUUGUGUAACUUUAGUGAAGUCCUCUCUGAUGUCCUGGAAUGAUUUGACUUGUGACCAGGAGGUCCAAUUCAUUUGUAAGAAGGGCCCCAAACCAUCGGAGACUGACCAGUUCCAUGAUGGAAUUCUGCUGCAUUCUCCCAGCUCCUCUCAAACUCAACAUAAGGGUGAUAGUCAUCCCUCUAACAUCCACAGGGAAUUUUCUCCUUAGCUUAUCUUGUUUUAAUGUCAUACCAAAAUAUUCUGGGACCUGUAUAUAUCACCUGGGACUCACUUUGCCUCAGCAAGCUGGGGAGGAGGAAAAUAGAGGAUAGAGGGAAGAGGACAUUGAAGAAACUGGGCUGGGGUUGUCUGGAGAAGGUCCAGAUAUGUCUCCUACUUGAGAUUUCACUAUUUCUCACAGUGGCACUGCCAUUCACCAAGCUCCCAUGUUCAAAACCUUGUGGUUAUUAUUGACUCUUCUCUCUUCAUCACCUCUCUAUGUCUGGGCAAUUGCUAUCUCCCCAAUAUCUCUUCCAUCUUCACCUUUCUCUCUACGUCCUUUGCUACCACCUGUACCAAUGAGGUACAGGCCCUUGUUGCUACCCAUCUAGACCCUUACAAUAGCUUCUUGACUUUUUUUCUACCUUCUCUCAUUUCUCCUUUCUAAUCAUUAUUUAUACCGUUGCCUUGGUAAUCUUUCUUUGGUAUAAAUUUGGUCCUUUUAAAGUUCUACCUUGCCUAAAGUAGGCACCUAAUAAA